AUGGCUAAUACAGAAUUGCUUUUAGACACAUCUGCUACAACUUCAUUUACAGACCAAAUGAGUUCUGCUACUGGAUUAAAUAACUUACAAUUGGUCACCUCGUUAUCCAGGGAUGGAAAGCAUCAGAAUGCUGCUGGAAUAAGUAAUAGUGCCAACGACGAUAUAUUGGUGGCUUCUUCGUCUGGUGGAGAUGUUACAGGUUCGUUCAAAGCUAGCUCGGCACUCGGAACGUUGACGUUACAAAGCAGCGCCUCUGGUAGCUCUAGUGGUGGAGGAGCAAUGACAUCAUUGGCAUCAAAUACCGACCUGAUGUCGUCUGCCAACAUGGGUGAAGGCAAUAUGUCAAAUAUGAAGAUGAAGUGGGCAUAUUCAUCAUUUGUUGUAGCAUCGCUUAUCCUCGGAUGCAUAUAA